CCGAGCGGUGUGGGGUGUGUGUGUGUGCCUGGGCGUGCUCUGGGGCGUGUGUGCGCGCGUGUGUAAAACCUUAUAGAGGUUGCGCCUGCCGCGCGCGGGGCAGAGGGAGGCUGGAUACCCUGGACAGCGCAUCACUUCCCUCCUCCGGGCCCGGAGCUCCAGAGACGCGGCCAGACAUGGAGCAGCUAACAGCCUUUGACAAUGAAGUCAAUGCUUUUUUGGACAAUAUGUUUGGACCUCGAGAUGCUCGGGUCAGAGGAUGGCUCAUGUUGGACUCCUACCUUCCUACUUUUUUCCUUACUGUAAUAUAUCUACUUUCCAUAUGGCUGGGUAACAAGUAUAUGAAGAACAGGCCCGCACUUUCUCUCAGGGGUAUCCUCAUUUUCUAUAAUCUUGGAAUCACACUACUCUCUCUAUAUAUGCUUGUAGAGCUCAUUCUUGCUACUUGGGAAGGAGGCUAUAACUUACAGUGUCAGAAUCUCGUCAGUGCAGGAGAAGCGGAUAUCCGGGUAGCCAGAGUUCUGUGGUGGUACUACUUCUCCAAACUGAUAGAAUUUAUGGACACAAUUUUCUUUGUUCUGAGGAAGAAAACCAGUCAGAUUACUUUUCUCCAUGUGUACCAUCAUACUUCAAUGUUUAACAUCUGGUGGUGUGUUCUGAACUGGAUACCAUGUGGACAAAGUUUUUUUGGACCAACACUUAACAGUUUUAUUCACAUUCUAAUGUACUCCUACUAUGGACUUUCAGUGAUUCCAUCCAUGCACAAGUAUCUGUGGUGGAAGAAGUACCUCACACAGGCCCAACUGAUCCAGUUUGUGCUGACCAUAUCACACACCCUGAGUGCAGUUGUGAUACCUUGUGGCUUUCCUUUUGGAUGUCUCAUCUUCCAGUCUUCCUACAUGCUCACAUUAGUCAUCUUAUUCUUAAAUUUUUAUGUUCAGACAUACCGGAAAAAGCCUCUGCGACAAGAUACAAAAGAGAACCUUACAGGGAAAGAAGUCACAAAUGGUUUCCCCAAAGUUCAUUUCACUGCAGCUAAUGGAAUUGGGAACAAGAAAGCACAGUGAAAAUAGAGAGAGAACAGCACAAAAUGGAGCCUAAGAAAUUCUUUUGUUUUAAAACAAAAACUGAGUUGAAACAGUUCUUUAAGUUUUAGUGCAAACUGACAUCUGUUGUUUAUAAAUCAUUUUUACCAAAAAAUGUAUUAUUAAUUCAUUGCUAUUAGGUUUAACAUAUUUACUAAAUGCUUUGGUCAAAGGUUAACCACUGAGAUGAUGCUGGAAAUUUUAGAUCUCAAUGUUAAUGUAAAAACCUCCCAAGUGCCCUCCCAUCCCCAUGUUUCUUUUUAUGAUGCCUUCUACAUUGUUUCCCAGGUAAACCCAAAGAACAUUAAAAACUUUCAUGGUAAGCCUUUAUGUAAAAAAAAGUUAGGGGUUUUUUUUCAGGUUAAAAUGUUUAGACUACUUUGUUAGUUAUCUUCUAGGCUACAUACAAUAGGCAAUAAACACCUGUGGAUAGAGUAAUCCAUCCACCAGGCUCAAUAUGGCAUAAAUCUCUAGAAAUCGUUUAAAAGGGAAGGUGGAGCAGGGAAAGAAAGAGAUCAAGGGGAAUGUCUUUCUUUCCAAAGCCACAAUCUACUUUGUCUCACAUUCUCUAAUUACUUCUUCCAAACAGAAUCUUAGUGAACUGGUGUUAGAAUUUGCUUUUUUUUUAAUUUUGAAAAUUAGCUUUGCUAAGAGAGAAGGCAUACUCUGCCAAAUCCUCAUAACCGCAGAGACUUUGGCUAGGAAUCUGACUCUUCAGAAAUUCAUGGAAUCCUUGGUCCUUUUAAACUACAGUUUUCAUAUCAGGCCUCCUCAUGGGUUAAGCCUUUGGUUUAGUUAACAUGCAGGGGGACAGCUUGCUCAGUACCAAAAGUAUCCUUUGAUUCUGGCUGUCCACUCUUCCUAUCUCUAUGCAAUGACUAGUGUCCAACCUUCUCUCUGUUGGGUUGUAUGCAUCACUGACACUUGUGUUGAAAUUAGAAUUAACUAAGCAAUGGAGACAAGAUAGAAAUGGAAUUUUAUGGUGCUUAUUUUGGACCUAGUCAGAGACGUGGCAAUAGUUGCCUUAUACCACCCUUUGAGAGCUACUUACAUUUUUCAGCCUACGAAGGAAGAAGUGGACCAUAGGAUGUACUGUUAAAAAAGAAUUCCCAUGAAAAAUAGUGGGAUAGUAAUGAGACACUGGCAAAGGCCAGCUCAGCAAAUGAAAGCUUCUCUGUGCUGGCAUUGCUAUAUUUAAUGGGGGCCAACCUUAAAAGCAAAGGAAAGCCCUAAUGAGAAUUCCCCUCCUUCCCUGAGGGAAUCUUGAGAUUUAAUUUAAUGAUACUAUGAUACUGUCCUGAGAUUAGACAUAGGAGGAUGUUGUCUGAAUAUUUGACAGAGAUUAAUUUCUACCCUUCAGAAUUAGAAUGGGCAGCUUUAUAACUUUAUCCUUUCAUGCUUGGGCUUACUGCAAAUGUUUCUCAUUUUUAUAUCUUUAAAAAAUGCUUUUCAUCUCAUCAGUUGCCACAGAAAAGCAUUUUAAUAGGUAUCUUUCUACCCGUUGCUUGCCACUUUUUCCAUCCACCCUUAAUAUUUUCUUAUAAAAACUUAUGAUCACCACUGAUUUGUCAUAAAUUCCUUUUGCUCACUUAGGGGGCUGUGUCCACCUUCUGAGAGGUCACCUGAAUACAGCAUUUAGUGUCAGUAAAUUUGAUCAAUUCCUAUUGAGCACAACAGAGCAGAUUGUCCCCAUCUUGGCUCCUUCCCACUCUAGGAUUUUUUUACUGGCAUAUUUCCAGUAAGUCCAACCUCCUUUAGGGCUCCACAUAGUUAACCAUUUCUUCCACCUUGCACUAGCAUAAAGCUUUUUUCACUGGAAGCAGUUGCUGCCUCCUGAUCACCCUCCAGUGACACAUCUUCAAGCAAGCAUAGCUUUUCCACAAUCAAUGCCUUUUAAACUUAGAGCUAGAAUUGAGAGCAACUGUCAUAGCUUCUCUUUGGCUAAGAAUAAAACAGGAUGAGGAGGAUGCUCAUAUGAGAAAUCAGUUCUUCAGGUGCAGGUCUUAGACAAAGUUAAAUCUUGUUAUUUAAGUACAAUCAAGGUAAAAGUGAACUUUUUUGCAGUCAAAAGGCCCUUUCACUAGCCCUGCUCCUUCUAGACUGUUUAGUUAUUAGUGAGGCACUAAAAGUCCCCACUAAGCAUCCUUGGCUAAAUAAAUAUUGCACUAGUCAGUCAUCUUUUCAUGCUGCUUAAGACUGAAAAGCAAAGAGGAAAGCUCCUCUUUCAGCUGAAUUACAGUCAAACAGUUGUGAGCAUAGGAUGGCUCAGGGACCCUUGGAGGCAAAGAGGGAAAGCUGACAUUUGGGGGUGGCCUCCAUAGACAAGCAUGUACUUCAAUUGGCAGCCUUGAGUACAUAAGCAAUUUAAUUGAUGGCUCAAAGUUAGCUCAGAACUUUGACCAAUUCUAAACUGGCCUUUGAGGCCUAAAUGUAAAAUAUACACACAUGUAUAUGUAGCUAUAGUAUACAUACAAAAUCAUAAACCAGUCAAGGGCUUGCAAAAAGGCACACACUCAUAGCUUUGAAAUCUUAGCUGUGAGAACUGAAUCAGGUGUGUUCCAAAUACUUGUCUUAAGACAUCUUUGAAAAAUUGCAACUUUGCAAAAUAGAACAUGUUGAAUUUUUAAAAAAAUAUGAUUUCUUAUAAAAACAUUGUAAAUAAAACUUUUACGUGUCUGUCUAAUCCUAUGUCAGUUAGGAAAUAAGUUCGAGCACAGCUUUUUGGGUGGGGAAGAAAUGUUCUUUUCCCAUAACAGUGAAACAAAUUAGAUUUUAGUGGAUACAUACAUCUGUUGAUAGUUUUUCCCAUUAAAGAUUAAAAUGAAAUGUUUGCCGAAACAGAAUGGAACAUGAAAUUUUUCACUUUCCUUUUACCGUGCACAGCUGUCAUUCAUGUAAUAUGGAUUGAAGGAGAAAAUUAUUUUCGCCUGAGUAGUAUUUGUGUUGUUUUCAAGGGAAAAUGUCACCUGUGCUGGUAGGUUGGAGGAAAACAAGUGGGUAAAAAGCCAGUCUGAAUUCUUUCCAAAGAGUCAAAGACACUUUCCUUAUUUUGGAAAUGUUUCUGGGGAUUUUUCUGUUUGAAACCUGGAGGAGGACAUCAAUUUCUUGUGUUCCUAUAGAAAAGACUUAAGUCUCAAGAAUACAGCAUCAUGAUAAGAGUGGGCAGGGAGGCAGGAGAAGCCAUUUUUUCUUCAUAUAUUAAAAGCAUUCAGUAUGAUUGUUGUAUAUUAAAUUUAUUUUUACCUUAA